CGGAUUGCAGAAAAAUCAUGGCAGCGAUUAUUAGGAAUUCGAUUUGCAAUAAAACACUGCAUCAGCUGGGAAAAAUCGAAUCCAUCCCGGUUCGGAACUACGCCAGCGCCAACCGUGUGAAGCCGUUCAAGAAGGUCGGCAUCACCGACAAGGCCAGAAACGAUGCCAAGGCUGCUGAAAUGCGAGCCCCGGCGAAAGGACAAGAGGAGGCCACCCUAUUGGCCGGUCAGCAGAUCAAAUCCUUUGGCCAAUCGCUAGCAAGUCGAGGCUAUUUGCGACCCAUCAAGCCGUACUCGCCUCCCGAGGACGUACAGUCCAAAAUUCUGGAACUGGCCAAAUCAAACAACCUGACGAACCCAAAGCAGAAAUUUUCCUCCAGCCAGCAAAAGUUCCAGUUCCUGGCGGCGUGUUUCGGUGCGCUCAAGCACUCGGUGCCGAACUCGCGGUUACAUGAGAUUGGAUCCGUUGAGGAUGCGUUGGAAUUCUACCGGACGCCUGUUGAUACCACACUUCCGCUGGAUGCAUUGAAAACGGUCGAGCUACCAGAGAACCUGUACAUCCAGCAUGAAUACGUUCGCUUCCAUCCGGAGACGGACACCAUGUUCGGAGGAAAGUCGGCCUUCCCCAAGAGCUCUACCAUUGUCACCGGACUGAAGUACAAGGACAAGUACAAGGGUCAUGUGGCAAAAAAGUCCUGGCCUUGAACGAUGCGCUCGCGGCAGUGCUAGUAAGUCGUCUGAUAGAGAAUAAUAAUAUUGUUAUAUUUUAAGCAAA